AAUCCCUAACCUGUCCUCAUCUCCUCUUUUGAUCAGUCUGAGUUUUUCUCCCUUUUCUCGCAGCAAUGGUAAACCCUAAGGUCUUUUUCGAUAUGACCAUCGGCGGUCAACCGGCUGGCCGGAUUGUCAUGGAGCUUUUCGCCGACACCACCCCCAGGACCGCCGAGAACUUCCGCGCUCUCUGCACCGGCGAGAAGGGAGUCGGUCGCAGCGGCAAGCCGCUUCACUACAAGGGCUCCGCCUUCCACCGCGUGAUCCCCAGCUUCAUGUGCCAGGGAGGUGAUUUCACCGCUGGAAAUGGCACCGGUGGCGAGUCGAUUUACGGUGCCAAGUUCGCUGAUGAGAACUUCAUCAAGAAGCACACCGGUCCUGGUAUCCUCUCCAUGGCUAAUGCUGGGCCGGGAACCAACGGAUCUCAGUUCUUCAUCUGCACUGCCAAGACCGAGUGGCUCGACGGCAAGCACGUGGUGUUCGGCCAAGUCGUGGAGGGCCUGAAUGUGGUGAAGGAGAUCGAGAAGGUCGGAUCUAGCUCUGGCAGGACCGCCAGGCCGGUGGUGAUUGCUGACUGCGGUCAACUCUCUUAGACUGCUGCGGCCUUGCUUUGUGGUGGCUCUGAUCUGGAAACCUGAACCUUUAUGCUGUGUCUUCUUGUCGCUGUCUCGAGCUUUUAUUUAUCUUGAACUCUCGGUUUACUAGUGUCUUAGGAAUUGGGGUUGUGGUUAUGAUGAAGGUGCUCUGGAUCAUAUGAAACUUUUUACUCUUUUUCGUAAAAGUUGGUAUGUGAUGAUGAUAUAAAUGAGCUGCCUACCCGGAAUAAAAGUAGAAUUAUUGACCAUAUAUAA